CGGCUUCUUCACUGCUGAUCUCACACACGGUCAGAGGAGUCGGCGUAUUGGGAGACCAGAGAACUCCACAAGUUCAUUGUCUGGAUUUCUAAAAGGAUCUUACAAUCUUAUUUCUCCUGCCCACUAGGAAAGGAUUAAGAAAACAAAGGUUGAAAUCAACAGCUUCAACUUUUCAAUAUAAAAAGAAGUUUUCAGGAAAAUCCUGAUUCUCAACAAAAGGCAAACUGGAAAAGGACCAGAUCUGUUCUGCCUACAUCUGUAUUUCCUCACAGAUGCUUUCCAGGACAUGACUCUCGCAAAUUUUCAAGAAAAGACAACUAAUCUAAUAGCUUGAGAUCAAAGAACCUCACAAAGAGUUAUUUCAAGUUGCUGAUAUAAAAAGGAAGUUUUCAGAAAAGUCUCGACCCAGUACCUGGAUCUGGGAGCAGGAGCACGGACAGCCCACUGUGGAGCACCACCACACCCAUCUACUUGGACCCUGUAGAUAGGACUUUGGAAGUCCUACCAGGAAAAAACUGCAAGCUCGAAAUGAGUGAAAAAGUAGAGCUACCCGAAGUGACCAACAACUGGACCAAAGAGCAUGUGAAACAAUGGGUAACCAAAGACCUUAAGAUUGAUGAGAAAUAUGGGCAGAUUCUGAUCGAUGAAGAAGUAACUGGAUUAGUCCUGCAGGAAUUAACUGAGAUGGACCUUAGAGAAAUGGGGCUACCAUGGGGUCCAGCACUUUUGAUAAAACGGACAUAUAACAGAUUGAAUAAUAGGUACCCUGAAAGUAACAAUCAGGAUUCUGGACAAUUAGAUCAUACAAAACCAUCCCUACAAGAACACCCAAAAAAGCCACAACAGACAAAAAAGGAAGAUGAAAAAUCAGGGUUACCCAAUUUUAAUCAUGAUCUCAGAGAGAUCAGAGAUACCAAAAAACAAAAAUCAAUUCUUUCGAAAGAAGAUGCAUUAAAUGGAGGAACAACCACUGAAGACCAAAAUCAGGAUAAGCUAGAAACUGAACAGUUGACUUGUAUGCCAUAUCCUUUUGAUCAGUUCCAUAACAGCCAACGUUACAUAGAACAUAGUAUUCUACAACCUGAAACUGGCCCACUCAAUCUCAUAGACCCAAUACAUGAGUUCAAAGCUCUCACAAAUACAGAAGCAGCCACAGAAAAGGACAUUAAGAUGAAAUUUAGCAAUGAAGUCUUCCGAUUUGCAGCAGCUUGUAUUAAUUCACGCACCAAUGGCACCAUCCAUUUUGGAGUUAAGAACAAACCCCAUGGACAAAUUGUUGGUGUGAAAGUCACCAGUAAAGAUGCCUUCAUUGACCACUUCAAUAUAACGAUCAGACAAUACUUUGAAGAUGAUGUCAAUGAAGCCAAGAAGUGUAUUCGGGAACCAAGGUUUGUGGAAGUUCUACUGCAGAACAAUACACCAUCUGACAGAUUUGUCAUAGAAGUAGAUGUUAUUCCAAAACACUCUGUGUGUGAAGAAAAGUAUUUCUUAAUUAGGAUGCAGAACUGUAAAAAUGAAACAUGGAAACCAAACCAAGAUCUUUCACUGUUUGUGAGAGAUGGGGCCAGCUCUAAGGAUAUCCUGGCCAAUGUUAAGCAACGGGAUAUAGCUUACAAAGCAUUUUUACAAAAUUUAAAGUCACUAGCAGCAUCUAGAAAAGAGGCUGAAGAAGAAUAUGAGGUGAAGGCAAAUAAGAAGGAGAGCGAAGGACAAAAGCUUAUCAAACUUCUCAUAGGCAACCGAGACUCACUGGAUAAUUCAUAUUACAGCUGGUACAUUCUUGUAACAAAUAAAUGCCAUCCAAACCAAACAAAUAACUUAGAUUUUCUAAAGGAAAUGAAGUGGUUUGCUGUGUUGGAGUUUGAUCCUGAAUCUGUGAGCAAGGGAGUGGCCAAAGCUUACAAAAAAAGCCGAGUAGCAAAUCUUCACUUUCCAAAUCAGUUUGAAGAAAAGACAAAUAACAUAAGGGAGAAAAUUUCUAGUUUAAAUCUUUACCAGCAGCCCAGCUGGAUCUUCUGCAAUGGCAGAUCAGACUUGAAAAAUGAGAGCCAUAAGCCUCUAGAACCACACUUAUGGCAUAGAGAAAGAGCUUCUGAAGUCAGAAAGUUGAUUUUAUUUCUCACAGAUGAAAAUAUAAUGACAAGAGGGAAAUUUUUGGUAGUGUUUCUAUUACUCUCUCCAGUGGAAAGCCCAGGAGAUCCCCUCAUUGAAACUUUCUGUGCUUUCUAUCAAGCUCUCAGAGGAAUGGAAAAUAUAUUGUGUAUCUGUGUAAACUCACAGAUUUAUCAACGAUGGAAAGAUCUGCUACAAACAAGACUGACAAUGGCAGAUGAAUUAACAAACCACAGUAUUUCCACUUUAAAUUUAGAACUGAUAAACAGUACUAUUCUUAAACUAAAACCAGUGACUCAGUCAUCAAGAAGAUUUUUGCCUUCCCAUGGAUUUUCUUCCGUUAUCUUAGAGAAAAAGGAAGAGGAUAUCUUGACUGCACUGGAAAUCCUCUGUGAAAAUGAGUGUAAAGACACAGACAUAGAGAAAGAUAAAUCUAAAUUCCAAGAAUUUAAGACAUCAAAAGAGGAACACUUUUAUCGAGGUGGCAAAGUAUCCUGGUGGAACUUCUAUUUUUCUUCUGAAAACUAUUCUUCAGCUUUUGUCAAAAGAGAUAGUUAUGAAAAGCUUAAAGAUCUGAUACAGUGCUGGGCAGACUCUCCUAAACCAGUAUUUGCAAAAAUUAUCAAUCUUUAUCAUCAUCCAGGCUGUGGGGGUACUACGUUAGCUAUGAAUGUCCUCUGGGACCUAAAGAAAAACUUUAGAUGUGCUGUGUUAAAAAACAAAACAACUGACUUUGCAGAAAUUGUAGAACAAGUGACCAAACUGAUUACCUAUAAGGCAACCAGCCAUGAAGACUACUUUCCUGUACUUCUCCUUGUGGAUGAUUUUGAAGACCAGGAAAAUGUUUAUGUCCUACAGAAUGCCAUCGAUUCCAUUUUAGCAGAGAAGGGCUUGAGAUAUGAAAAAACACUGGUAAUUAUCCUCAACUGCAUGAGAUCCCAGAAUCCUGAUGAGACUGCAAAAUUAGCAGACAGUGUUGCACUAACCUACCAACUUUCUCCUAAGGAACAAAGAGCUUUUGAGGCUAAACUGGAAGAAAUUGAAAAGCAACACAAGAACUGUGAAAACUUUUAUUCCUUCAUGAUCAUGAAGAGCAAUUUUAAUGAAAUGUACAUAGAAAAGGUAGUCAAGAAUAUCCUAAAAGGACAGAAUGUUGACAGCAAGGAAGCACAACUCAUCUCCUUCCUGGCUUUACUCAACUCUUAUGUUACUGAUUCUACAAUUUCAGUGUCACAGUGUGAAAUAUUUUUGGGAAUCAUAUACACUAGUAUACCCUGGGAACCUGAAAGCCUAGAGGAUAAGAUGGGAGCCUAUUCUACACUUCUAAUAAGCACAGAAGUUGCAGAUUUUGGGAGAUACACAGGUGUGCGCAUCAUUCAUCCUUUGAUUGCCAUUUUCUGUCUGAAAGAACUAGAAGAAAGCUAUAACUUGACUAAAUGUCAAAUUGCAUUGAAGAUCUUAAAUGAAAAUUUAUUCUAUGUUUCUGGAAUAGGAAGAGAAAAAUUUCAACAUGAUGUGCAAACUCUUCUGCUUACAAGACAGCGCAAGGAGUAUGGAGAUGAAACAGACACUUUGUUUGCCCCAUUAAUCGAAGCUUUAAAGAAUGAAGAAAUUGAAAAGGUCUUGGUGGCAGGGAGUGUUCGAUUCCCACAAAAUGCAUUCAUUUGUCAGGCCUUAGCAAGAUAUUUCUACAUUAAAGAAAAGAAUUUUAAUAUUGCUCUGGAUUGGGCAAAUCAGGCCAAGAAGAGAGCAUCUAAAAAUUCCUAUAUCUCAGAUACACUUGGUCAAGUCUACAAAAGUCAAAUCAAAUGGUGGUUGGAUGAAAGGAAGAACUCCAAGGAUAUUACUGUUAAUGAUCUGAUUACUGUUAAUGACCUAACAUAUCUCCUGGAAGCUGCUGAAAAUGCCUCAAGAGCUUUCAAAAAAUCCCAAGAGCAAACUGAGAGGAAAGGCUAUGAAACAGAGGCCUGGGCACCACAGAAGUUGCAAAGAAAAUAUGACACAUACAAUACAGCCGGUUUCUUGGGUGAAAUCGAAGUUGGUCUUUACACUAUUCAGAUUCUCCAGCUCACUCCCUAUUUCCUCAAAGAAAAUGAAUUAUCUAAAAAAGCUCUGGUAGAAUUUUUAUCAGGAAAGGGACUUACUCCCAUAAAUCCAAAAUGUGAAUAUUAUUUGGCUCUCAGCAAGUUCACACCCUACUUACAAGAUUUACAAUCAGAUUUGAAAAGGUGCUUUGACUUCCUUGAUGAUUAUAUUGUUCUUUUGAAAAUGAAGAACACCCAAAAAGAAAUAGUAGAAAUCUCAUUACGCAAAAAAAUCACUCGUUGUUUCAGGAAAUACAUGGAACUUUUCUGCCAUUUGGAUUUCGGUCCAUUACAAGGCAAAGAGAGUCAGUUUCUCCAAGAAGAGAAAUGCAGGAAAGGUUUAGAAGCUUUGAGAGCAGAUAGGUUUUCUGGACUCCUGGAAUAUCUUAAUCCAAAUCACAAAGACGCUGCAACCAAUAUGGAAAAUAUAGUGAACAAAUAUUUUUUCCUAUUGAAGCAAAACCCAACUAAACACCUGGCAAAGGAGAAACUAAAUUUCAUUUUAGCCAACAUUAUUCUUAAUUGUCUAAAACCCCACUCCAAAUCCAUUCAACCACUUACCACACUGAAAAAACAGCUCCGAGAAGUGUUGCAAGUCAUAGGACUAAGUCAUCAAUAUCCAGACCCUUAUUUCUUGGCCUGCCUUCUGUUCUGGCCAGAAAAUCAAGACCUAGAUGAAGAUUCCAAACUAAUGGAAAAGUAUGUUUCAUCCUUAAACAGAACCUUCAAGAGACAGUACAGGAGCAUGUGCAGGUCCAAGCAGGCAAGCACACUCUUUUAUCUGGGGAAGAAGAAGGGUCUCCACAGUCUUGUUCACAAAGCUGAGAUAGAACAAUACUUCAAUAAAGUACAAAAUAUAAAUUCUCUCGGGCAGAGUGGUGACGUUUGGAAAAAAAAAGAAGUCAAAGACCUCCUGUGUCGUCUAACUGGUCAGGCUGAAGGCAAGCUAAUCUCUAUGGAAUAUGGAACAGAGAAAAAAAUUAAAAUACCAGUAACACCUGUUUAUUCAGGUCCACUCAGAAGUGGUGGAAACAUAGAAAGAGUGUCCUUCUACCUAGGAUUUUCCAUGGAAGGCCCUCUAGCAUAUGACAUAGAAGUAAUUUAAAAAGACAUAUUAACUCAAAUAUGUUUAUUCAUCUCUCUCUGUGAUUUUAUUCCCUCUCUCUAUUCCCAUGGCAUUUUAAUAACAUUAUUGGCUUAUCUGCAAUCACAGAUUCUGCGUUUGUCUCCCUGAAUGAAUUAUAAUUUUUGAGGGCAUGAAGUGUGUCUACACAGAGUUUGGUACACAGCAGAGUUGACUGUUCAUUGUUUUAAAUAUGCAUUUUCAGAUGUAUAUUCUGUUGGUAUUCACUGGUCACAUUAGAGCUGGCUAUAGAUCAAUAAAAUCUGUUUUAAUUCUAUCACUUAUGAAUAUUCUGAAUUGUGAAUUAUUUAUUCACUGUGAAAGCAGAGACUUAAAUAAGAUGAAUAUGAAAGGAAAAGCCCCUCCUGUGUUUGGAAAUCAGACCCAGAAAUCCACACCACAGUGCCACCUACCUCCUCUUGGUAUCAAUAAAAAUGUAUAGAGGGUAAAUAUUUUGUUCUCUUUUCCACCUACCCCUCUACCUAUCCAUAUAAAUACACACUUCCUUGUACCCCUUGCCCUUCUCCCAACUUCUUGCUUCAGGAGGGGGAAACAGAAAACAAAGUAGUCACAAGCUUGAACUCCCUUUGCCCCCUUCCUCCCAUUUACAGAUAAAUCUGUUUCUACGGCCAUUCUUGUUUCCUGUCAACAUAGUCUUAUCUCCACCUGUUCUUUAGAGCCCAUCUCCCUUGGCUUCUUUUUUCCAUUCACUGCCCUCUUUUCUCUUUUGACUUCUCAACCUGUGCUAUAUACACGCUAUUUUCUCUAUCAAAUAUUCCCUUAUUUUCAUCCAACAUUUUCCAUAUGACUAUUCUGAUUUGUCCAUCACAACUCAGUUUGAAUCAACUCCACCAGAAAGUCUUCCCUGACCCUAGAGCCCCUGCCAUAACUUCCUCAUGGCAAUAUGUGUUCCCAACUUUCCAGAAGGCAAUCCUAGAAGCUUGGCCCUAGACUUAAACCAAGCAGAACAGCCUCGAACAGCAUUCUAGAGCUUGGAUUUUAAGAGAUAUCCAUUGCCUAUAAGGUAAAACACAUGCUAAUAUAGAUUAAAUUAAAUACUUAACAAAUACAUGUUUAUUUAUCUACUUCCUAUCUCCUUAGUAACUUAGAUAUUCCAGGUUGCAAAACCAAUUCCUCUUGUCAUCUAGAGAUCUAUUCCCUAUCAGGGUUCUUUUCACCAGUAUUUCUGUGAAUCUCUGGGGAAUGCUCACAUGGUCCACAAACAUGCCCCUGUUGCUAGAAGCCACAUCUGCUGCUGAUCUUGCUCCAGACUGCUGCCUCCCUUUUCUGCAGCCCACCUGUCCAUUUGGUGGGCUUCCAAGUGUCCACACACCCCUGGACAUAGGCUGGACCCUUAAACCUUCAUAGCUCAGCUAAGCCUGGGCUACAACAUUUAGCAAUAGUUAACUAAUGGCUUGACAUAAGAGAAAAAAGUUCUAAUAGAAGGAAGAAAAAUUGUUAAAUAUUCCUAUUAUCCAUGAAUAUCCUCAGAGUUCACAGCCCCAGCUCCUCUACAAGGUUUUUUAGGGAUCUUCUCUUUUCUCAACCUGCUUUUAUUUAUCCAAUCACAAAAGGCUAUUUAUUUUUACGAAUCACCAAAUGAAUAAUGUUUUAUUGAUCUAAGAUGGGUAUGUUUUACCAAGUUUUCUUAGGCCUUCUUGAAUUUUUUUUUUUUUUUUUUUUAAGUAGAGGCUUGAACUCACAACCCUGAUAUCAAGACCUGAGCUGAGAUUGAAGUCAGAUGCUUAACCAACUGAGCCACCCAAGUGCCCCAGGCCUUCUUUAAUUUAAAUACUAGCUAUCUUUGUCACUCCUUGUCAGUCUUUGGUUAAAGGAAUUUACUAACUCAGUGAUACUCUAAUUCGAGCCUUUUCCCCUAAUCACACAACAUUAGUGUUCUCACACUGUAUUGUUUACCUCUUUUCCAAUACUCAUCUUCACAAGUAGGUAUGCUGCAGUACAUCAGUUUAUAUGAUUUUAAAUAAAACCAGUAUUUCCCCAAUACUUGAAAAACUAUCACAUUGAGAACAAGGAACUGAACAGUUAGAUGAAAACAAAACCAAAAACCAAAAAACUAUAGUUCAUUACUCAUAACUCUGUUAAAUAUGAGCUGAAAAAAAUUAUAACCCAAGAUGUUUUUUUCAGAUAACUUAAAAUGUUUUAUUUUUUUAUUCUUAUUUGAGAGAAAAUAUUAUUUCUGAGUCUCAAGUAUGUGUGAGUGGUCUGAGAGGCAGAAUGUCUACAAACAUGGUUGACUUGCACUGAGCACUGUGAAGCCACAUUCCAUUAUCUCAUGAGGGGUGGAUAAAUGCUGACACUUUGGAUCACCAAAUCCCUUGAGGAACAAUCAUUCUAUUUUCCAGUAUUAGCAAUAUUUUCCAUAUUUUCUCAAAAUACAUGGCUACAUAAACAAAGAGACUGGAUUAGAGAAAAUUAAAUUUACAUUAAGCUUGGUAUCACUAUAAAGGGAUUACUGGUAUAUUAGUUUGGAAAUACUCAUGAUAUGAAUUACACAAACAAUGUGGGAUUUAUAAUCAUGUGAAUUAUACUUAAAGUUACCAAACAGACUCUUAACAAAGCAACAAGCAAGAAGAAAAAAAAAUUUAAGUAAGUACUACACCCAUCGUGGAGCCCAACACAGGGUUUGAACUCAUUACACUGAGAUCAACACCUGAACUGAGAUCAAGAGUCAGAUGCCUAAUCAACUGAGCCACACAGGCGCCCCAAGAAGGAAGAAAUUUUUAAAGAGAAGUCAAAGGUCAAAGUUUUCUGCUUAAAGCUGAAUAACCCUUGGGUAAAUAAAGCAUAUCUAUAUGCUCUGGGUCUAACCAAUCUUUUUCUUUUUCUUUUUUUUUAAACAUUCUGUGGAAUAGAGACUCUAUUGUCCAAACAUGACUUGUCCCUCUGUGAAAGCUGAGCCUUCCAGGGUGGACAGUUGGCAACGUUGUAUCUGACCCUCACAGGGCACAAGCCAGUUCCUAAAGGGAGUCAGAUCUUCAAGAAGCCUCAUGUGUCUUAAAGACUAAAGAUGUGUGUUGGCCAUAAAUAGGCACAGGAAGAUCCAAAUUGUUCUUACCAUCUUAGAAAAGUGGAAAGUAGCAUUACAAAUAAAUCAUGGCAUACAAUUUAUAGACUCAUCUAGAAAGGAUAAUUAGUAAAAGGCAGAGAAUUAAUAGACAAUAUCCAUGUGGUCUGCUCUUACUUAAAAAGUACCAACUAUGUGCUAAGGAACAACAUCUGCUUGGUAGGAUACAACAUCCACAUGUAACCCUCAUAAUGUCACUUUACCUUGUUCUUUCAGCCAAUUGUAUUAAAUUUCUAACUACCUACCCAAUAUGCUUAAAACACAUUCAUUUUACUGGCUCAUCUUGGGAGUUUUGAAAUUAUAUUCAUUACAGAUACUGUAAAAAUAUAAACAUUUGCCAGUGGGUGCCACAGCUUAACCCCGUUAAGAUGGUAAGAACAUAUUAGCUAAUUCUAACAUCAGGCCAGGAAUUAUGGGUACUAAUUAAACUAAAACAUCGGUUACUCACAGAUGUGGUAGAGUAAAACUGAUGCUUGGCAGCCUAUGACUCUUCAUAUUGAUGUACUAAGUAUCAUUUUUUUCUUUAUUUCUAAACUUUCCAGGUGAAAUGACAUCAGUUCCUUGUUUCAUUUUGACUUAUACAAAAGACGGACACAAAGUCAAAUUUAGACAAAGGCUUGACAGUUUCUUAUAAAGUAAAAGGUGUGCCUAUUACAUCCAGUAAUCCCAUGCCAAGGUAUUUACAUAAUAAAAUGAAGACAUAUGUCCAUAAAAAGACUUGUACAAAAAUAGUCACAGCAGUUUUAAGCAUGACUGCCAAAAACGGAAACAACUCAGACGUCUAUUUAAAGGAAAUUGGAUAAGCAAAUUGGGAAAUACUGACAAAAACAGAAUACUAUUCAGCAAUAAAAAGGAGCAAACUAAUGAUACAUGCAACACUAGGACCAAUCACAAUGACAUUACAUUGAAUUUAAAAGAAGCCAGUCACAAAAGAG